AUGACAAAUGAAGAUGGAAAUGUUGUUGUGAAUCGAAACCAGGAUUUUAUAUUUGGGAAUAACCCUAAAAAGCUUGACUUGAAAUUUUACUUGUAAAAAAUAUUUAGAAAGAGCUCUGAGCAGAGACUCUUAAGAGUAAAACGAGGGGAAAGGCUAUUUAAAGCUGUCGAAAACCAGAACAAAAGCUUCAAAAAACUUCUUGUCACAAUGUCGAAAUCAAAAUUAAUUCCUUUAAAAGAAAAACCCAAUAAACUUGUAACUCCCCCCCCCUCCGUGAGUGAACAAAACCAUUACUCCCCCCCCUCCGUGAGUGAACAAAAAAAUUUUGUUCACUCACGGAGGGGGGUUAAUUUUUUUUUUUUAAAAAAAUUUAUAUAUAAAUUUUAUAUAAAAAAUCCUAAUUUGCAAAAAUUUGAAAGCAAAUAUUAAUUUAAUUUAUAAAAUUUAUGUUUUAAAAAGCAAUUCAUUUAAAAUUAAACAGAAUUAGCUCUAUAUUUCAUUAUAUUAAUUAUCAUGUAUAUAUCAAAAUUCUUUUCCAUAAAAAAUUUUUCUAUUAAAAAAAUUUUUGUUCACUCACGGAGGGUGGGUUUUUGGGCAAAAAAUGGCGAUUUUUCUAAUGGUUUUGUUCACUCACGGAGGGGGGGGGAGUUAGAAAAAUCGCUAUUUUUUGCCCAAAAACCCACCCUCCGUGAGUGAACAAAAAUUUUUUUAAUAGAAAAAAUUUUUUAUGGAAAAAAAAUUUGAUAUAUAAAUGAUAAUUAGUAUAAUGAAAUAUAGAGCUAAUUCUGUUUAAUUUUAAACGAAUUGCUUUUUAAAACAUAAAUUUUGCAAAAUUGAAUUAAUAUUUGCUUUCCAAUUUUUGCGAAUUAGGAUUUUUUUAAAUUUCGAAAAAAACAUUUUUUAUAAAAUUUAUAUAUAAAUUUUUUUAAAAAAAACAAUUAGCCCCCUCCGUGAGUGAACAAAAUUUUUUUUUGUUCACUCACGGAGGGGGGGGAGUAAGCAUUUUAAAUAAAGCCAAAAAAAUAUCCAACUUAAGCCAAGAAAGCAUCUCUUUUUUCCAAGAUAUCCCUAUAAAGGAUCCUGCAAAUAAUGAGAGCCGCUACGAGUACACCGACUCUGACACACUUCUCAACGUAUCCAAAACCCUUGACGUCGAAGGCCCCUACAUAAGUGAAGCCAUGGUUGAGUACAUAAAUGCGCCUGUUUUUGACCCUGCAUUAGAAGCUAAAAAAAUGAAAAAUCUGCAACAGUUUUUCUGCGAAAAAUAUUUAUUGGUCAAUGAAUGCAUUGACGAAAACCACUCCAAACAAGUGAUCCAGGACAAAGUCAGCCAUUAUGUAAAAAAAGCAACUACAAAAUUAUCAAAAAAUGAAAAAAGUACAUCUCCAAAAGAAUCAGGGAGAAAAACUAAGCAGCAAGGAAAAGGGCAUAAGGUAAAGGAUAUAUAGAAGUACCAAAGUAUGUGGGAUUUGCAAAUGGACCAUAUUGAUAGUAAUAUAAAAGAUAUUUUAGAAGAAAAUGCACAUGAGGAGCAGAGGAGAAAAGAUUUUGAAAUGAAAAAACUGACUCCCUCUUUAAAUUGGAACUAAAAAUUUUGUUCCAAUUUAAAGGGGGGUUAAGAAAAUGUUUUUUAAUAAAAUUUAAAAAACAAAAAAAUUUCAAAAAUGUAUCGAAUUAGAUUAAUAAAUUUUGUUUAAUAAAAUGCUAUUUACUCUUUAUCCUUUAAAACAAAGCAAGAUAUAACUAAAAUUUUAUUAUUAAUUAAUACGCCACUAUUAAUUGGUAUCAAAACUAUUUACACAAAAAUUAUUAUUUUUAUUGAUAAAAAAAAUUUAAAAAACAUAAAUUUUAGAAAAUUUAUUUAAUCAAAGUGCUAAUUUUGUUUAAUAAGAUGUUAUUUAUACUCUAUUCUUUAAAAUAAAGCAAGAGAUAAGUAAAUUUUGAAUUUUUGUAAAGAAUUCGUAUUGAUUUAUAUCAAAGCUGUUUAAAUAAAAAAUAUCAUUUUUUAUUAAAAAAAUUAAAUUUUUUUUUGAAAAAUUUACAAUUAAGGAUAAUAAAUUUAUUUAAAUAAGAUGCUCUUUAUACUCUAUUCUUUAAACAAGAGCAGGAUAUAUCUAAAUUUUUAAUUUUAGUUAAGAAGAAACAUUUAAAUUAUAUCAAAACUUUUUACAUAAAAAUUAUGAUUUAUAUAAAUAAAAUUUUUUAUUAUAAAAUUAAAUUUUGUUCCAAUUUAAAGGGGGGUUAAUUUACUAAAAAAGUGGAAAUUUUACCUAUAUUUUGUUCCAAUUUAAAGGGGGGGGAGUGAGAGACCUUAACCCACCAUCGAAGCCUCCAAGCAGACAGCAAAGCAUAAUAAUUACUGCUGAGUCUAAAAUCAAGCCAAUGCUCCAGCAGGAUCCUUCUUUCCAAAGCUUCAAUGUUAAUAAAACGCCUGUAAGAUCAGUCAAAGAUUACGUAAACCAGAUUCUUGCAAUAGGCCGAAGCAAUUCUUCUUAUUUCCGAUCCCGCCCUACAAGUACAUGCAACUCUCCAAUAAAAUCUCGAUAUCCCAGCCUAAAAAAGAAAGAAAGCUUAGAAAUCCAGUCCAAAACCUUUAUCGACGACAACACUGACACAGAAAAAUACCAAGAAUUAGCAAACUCCUUCGUAAAAGAAAGCUCUUUAAUGACCAAACAAUUAAAUGCAGCUUUUCGCCAAAGAGCUGCUUCUAGAGGCAAUUAA